AUGGAAUAAUGUUAAGAUAGAAUGAUUUUAGAAUUAUCAGAUGGAUGGUAUUCAUUAUUUUAUAUUUUUGAAUAAAGUUAUGAAUAGAUAUACAAGAAGAUAAAAAUUGGGCAAAAAUUGCAUGUAACAAAUUUAAAAGAAUAUCCUAUUAUAUUUAAUACUUCUAAUGUAUAGUUAUAGUAUCAUCUAGGUUAAAAUAAUAACAUAAUAUCCUUUUACUAAAUUGUUGGUUACAACUAAAAUUAAUUCUAUUAAAAAAGCUAAAAUAAAUUCCAAAUUAGGAAGAUAAUAAUAAAAAUAUUUUAUAAGAUCAAUCAAAAGUUUGAGAAAUGGAACAAUCCCAUGUAUUGAUGUUUUUAUAGUGUCAAAAUCUUACCUUAUUAAUGUAAAUCAAAAAAAUUAAAGAAAAGCUUUAUUGUUCAAUUCAGAAACUGAAAAUGAAGAAGAAAUGCAAUAGCUUAGAAAUUCUAAAUUAUGUUUUUUUAUUACAGUUAUGGAUAGUUUAAAUAAUUUUAAUGAAAGAUAAUGUUAAAUAAAAGAAUUUAAAGAUAUUAUUGUUUACAUCAAUGACCCAUUAUAAUAUGAAACUAUAUGUGUUGGAUAGAGAGUUUAAAUUAUAAAUGCAUCUAAUUCAAUAAAGAAAUAAGUUUAAAAUUAACUAAAUCAUCAGGAUUUUAAUAUGAAUUAUAAAAAUAUUAAGAUUAUUAAAAUAAAUUGUAAUUAAUAAAUAAUAGAUAUGAAAUGUAGAUUAAAAUAAAUAAUCACACUAAACUUGAAUUAUUAGAUGUAAUUGAAGACAUCAAUGAUUAAAAUUAAAAUAUUAAAAUAGAAAUAUAAAAUAAUUUUUUUGGUGAUAUUUUAAAACAUCAAUAAAUGA